AUGGCAGGCACCGUCGAGGUCGAAACCGUCGAAAAGGAUGGAAAACAAUAUCGGUUGGUGAAAGAGGGAAAGGCGACUAUUCUGGUGCCUCAUGGCGCCAAGAUUGGUGAAGACCGAGGAGAGGUGCAGCAGGUGUUUUACAAUCCCAUCCAGCAGUACAACCGCGAUCUCUCUGUGCUCGCAAUCAAGACAUACGGCGAAGACAUUUUGGCGAAAAGGAAGGAGAAGAUUCUGGCAAAGUCAAAUAAACUAGGGAAAAACAAAAAGCGAAAGCGAGACGAGACAGACGAGACCGGCCCUUCAACCGAGACGGAAACGACUGCGACUCUGGCUUCAGACCAGGCCACCGAACCUUUGGAGGAACAAAAGGCUCACAAAUCAACAUUCACAAUGCUGGAUGCCUUGUCGGCAUCUGGGCUGCGAGCGCUUCGAUACGGACACGAGCUUCCUUUUGUUACUUCAAUAAAUGCCAAUGAUCUCUCCAAGUCCGCGGCCGAGUCCAUCAAGCUCAACGUGAGCCACAACGGCCUCGAUGAUAUAAUCUCAGUCACCAACGAAGAUGCGCUUGCGCACAUGUACCGCGCAAUCGCUGAUGGCCUCUCCAAAAGAGAUCGACACGGCAAUCCGUCCAAGUCUCACAAGUUCGACGUGAUCGACCUGGACCCCUACGGCACCGCUGCACCCUUUUUCGAUGCUGCGCUGCAGUCUGUAAGAGAUGACGGCGGUCUUCUGUGCAUCACCUGCACUGACAGUGCUGUGUGGGCUGGACAUAGCUAUUGCGAAAAGACAUUCGCCUUGUAUGGCGGCACUCCAAUCAAAGGCAUGCAUUCUCACGAAGCUGGACUACGAUUAAUUCUGAAUGCCGUCGCUACUUCUGGUGCCCGAUACGGCUUAAGCAUUGAGCCUUUGCUAUCCCUUUCCAUUGACUUUUACACCAAAGUAUUCAUCAAAGUCACCAAAUCACCGCAAGCUGUGAAAUUCCUGGGCUCAAAAACCAUGGUGGUAUACAGCUGCGACCACGGCUGCUCCGCCUUUGAGACACAAUAUCUCCUGAGAAGCAAACCGACUCCGAACAAAAAGGGCAGCGGGUCUUUCUACAAGCAUGGUAUGGCGGCAGGACCACCUACAGAUAGACACUGCCAGCAUUGCGGAAACAAGAUGCAUGUCAACGGUCCCAUGUAUGGAGGCCACAUCCACUCGGCCGAGUUUAUUGAGAAGCUUCUUGAGCAAAUUCCCAAUGCCUCGCCAGAAGUGUAUGGAACUCUUCCAAGAUUAGAAGGCAUGCUACGAACAGCCUUGGAGGAAAUCAUUCCAGGCCCAGAGCCAGAUCCCACGGUGAACCCUAAUGACGCCAAGCAUGCAGAGAUUGAUAUCGCUCCCUUCUUUGUCAUUCCUUCCAAGCUAGCAACAGUGGUGUCUUGCGCUGCUCCCAGCGACGACAUGUUCCGUGGUGCUUUAAUACACCUCGGUUACCAAGUUGGGCGAAGCCACUGUCGACCAGGCAGCGUCAAGACGGAUGCGCCUUGGUCUACUCUCUGGUGGAUCAUCACCGAAUGGAUCCGCCAAAAGUCUCCCAUCAAAGCAUCCAAAUUCACGCCACUUAUGCCCGGUUGGAAGAUUCUGCACGCCGCCGGACUGGUCGGUCAAGAAGACGGAGCAGCGUCGAAGGAAGCCGAUAGCGAAAUGGAGGAUGCCCAGACAGCAGCGGCGGCAGAUGCUCAGAGCGAGGAGGCAGCAAAAAAGGGAGACGAACAGGCAUCCAGUCCCAGCGAGCUAGAGCUGCGGAAAACGCUGGUCUUCGACGACGAUCUCGCACGGCUGGGCCGUCUGCGGGAUACUCAGAAGCUGGUGCGAUAUCAGAUGAACCCCCGGCCAGAUUGGGGGCCAUUGUCCAAGGCCAAGGCGUCAUGA